UAAUUAUUAUAUCUUUUACCUACAGUCCUACAUGUACUCUUCAAGCUGCUGGAGGCUUUUACAGUAUGUGGUUCAUUCAGGAAUCGGCCAGAGAGGAACUGCGUCUUUUUUAGUGCUUCCGUGUUUAUUUCCGUCUGUCUUGAACACAGCUACCGGAAGCUGGGAAAGAAGAUCACCUCUUUCGGCCAAUCAGUAAAUUUGGAUUUUCUUUUACUAAGAUGACGAGACGUGUGGAAUUUGUUUCACCGCAAGAAUCCAGCCAAGAAGAAGCGUUCAGCAAAACAAGUGAUUUUGCAGCUCAGGGUGUUCUAAUCCGCAAUGCAAGUAAAAUCUAUGGCGUCGGCAAGAAGCGCUGUGCCGUACUCAACGGAAUCGACAUGAGCGUUAAGAAAGGAACCAUAUACGGUUUACUUGGUGCAAUUGGCUGUGGUAAGACGACCCUGUUGAGUUGCCUCGUCGGACGUCGCCGGCUGAAUAGCGGAGACAUUCUCGUCUUGGGACAUGAGCCUGGAUCUCCGGAAAGCGGAAUCCCCGGUCCAAGGGUCGGCUACAUGCCGCAAGAACUGGCCUUGUUCGGUCACUUCAGCAUCAAAGAAACACUCCACUAUUUCGGCCGCAUCUACAAUUUGAAAAAAGAUUUCGUCAAUUCGCAAUUGGAGUUUCUGUCGAAAUUGUUAGACCUUCCCCCGAGUCAUCGUUACGUCGGGACGCUCAGUGGUGGCCAACAAAGACGCGUCUCCUUUGCUGUCGCCCUUUUCCAUGAACCGGAGCUGCUCAUCUUGGACGAGCCAACGGUUGGCGUUGAUCCUCUACUCCGGCACAGUAUAUGGAAUCAUCUUGUCCGUCAGAGUGUCGACCAUGGUAGAACAGUGAUAGUCACCACUCACUACAUCGAAGAAGCUCGACAAGCCAACACUAUUGGGUUGAUGCGAUCCGGCCGUUUACUGGCUGAAGAUUCUCCGGAUAAUCUUUUACAAGAGUACAACCUGUCAUCAUUGGAGGAUGUUUUCCUAAAACUUUGUAUGGCAGACUGUGGUAACGAAGACAAAACUGCCAACAGGAUCCCAACACAGCAGCAGCAGUGCACAGGAGGCAUUGAUAACGUGGCUUUUCAUCCUAGUAGCAGUGAACUGGACAUUUCUGGAACGGAAAAUUCUCGGCGACUAAAACUCGAAAAUCAAACAAGUUUUCCCAAUUUGAAUGGAACGAGGGUCAGCAAACGGCCAAAUCGAAUUUGCAACAAGUCUGUCCUACCGUCUUCUAAUCGACUGAAUGCACUCAUUCGAAAGAAUGGCUUGCAAAUGUUUCGAAAUAUUGGAAUGUUGUUUUUUAUCUUCCUCAUCCCAGCUAUUCAAGUAAUCCUCUCGUGUCUGUCAUUGGGGGGAGAUCCAUCUUAUCUCAAAUUGGCCAUCGUUAACGACGAGCUGGAUCCGAGUCAGGAUCGUAUCUGCAACUACACGACGACCUGCACUUAUUCCAUGUUCAGUUGUCGCUAUCUUCGGUUUAUAGACAACACGACGGUCAUCCAGGUGCCAUUUCAAAGUGUCUUGGAAGCUCUAAACGCGGUGAAACGAGGGAAAGUGUGGGGCGUGGUCCAUUUUCCUCAGAAUUUCACGAACGAGUUGGUGGUCCGACGGGCGGAUGGAAAAUUUGCGGACAAGGAAACGAUCCUCGCCAGUCGCAUUGCCAUUACUCUUGAUUCUUCCAGUCAGCAGAUUUCACUGAGUCUGAAACAGAGUCUGAUUGAGGCGUUUGAAGACUUCAGCAAAGACAUUUUGGCGGCUUGUUCUUACGAACCAACAGCCCUGGGAAUUCCCGUCACGUUUUUAGAUUCGAUUUACGGUAAAAGUGAACCGUCUUUCGUGGAGUUUGUUGCUCCCGGAAUCCUUCUAUCGGCGAUUUAUUUCAUUGCCGUCUCCCUGACGACUGCUGUUUUUCUCAGCGAACGAAAGGCGGGGCUCUUCGAUCGUAGCAUAGUCGCCGGUGUCCAAAUGUCUGAAUUUAUGAUUGCUCACGUUGUCAACCAACUUAUUGUGCUGAUCGGUCAGACGAUUUUCGUCUACAUAUUUGCGCUCCUCGUCUUCAAGAUUUCCUUCCACGGCAGUUUAGCCCUGGCCGUCCUCAUCACUCUCCUUCAAGGACUCUGUGGCAUGUCCUUGGGUUUGAUGAUUGCAUCUCUGUGUGACGAGUUGACCAGUGCCAUCCAACUCUGUCUAGGCAGCGUUUAUAUCAAUCUCUUUGCAAGUGGCAUUUUGUGGCCCACGGAAGGUAUGUCAGUCUACCUGCGCUACAUCUGUUACGCAAUGCCUCAAACGUAUGCUCUCGAGUCGCUGAGAAACAUCUUCGGGCGAGGGUGGGGCGUUGAACGGCCCGAGGUUUACGGGGGCAUCUUGAUCAGCUUCGGUUGGAUUUUCUCACUUCUUGGUUUGGCUCUCGUGAUUGGUCGCAUUCGCAAAUACGCAGGAUAAAUGUAUUAAAGUUCAUCGAAUAUUAGAGGCCAGAAAAGCAGUAGAAAAGCAUAAAAUUAUAAAACGCAAUUCCUCUUUAAGUAUGGGCGUAAAAUGUAAUACGCGUGAAAUAAAUGCGCUGAUUUAUCAACUUAA